AGCAGAGCGGCAUGGACCCCCUGGAGAAGGAGCGCAGCCCGGCGGGAGGGCGCCUCGGCGGGCGCCCGGCGUCGCUGGGAGCCGACGGGGGCGACUCGGAGUCCGGCGGCGGCUCCGAGGAGGCGGGGGGCUGCAGCGACACGUUCAGCAGCCUGCCGGACAUGGACCACGAGACGCUGGAGGAGAAGCUGAGAGGACUGGCGUUCAGGAAGCAGACCUCGUAUAGGAAAGCGAUCUCCCGUUCUGGCCUCCAGCACUGGGGCCCCUCUCAGGCCUGUCUGCCCCUUGCUACCAAUGGCCCCUCGAAGGAGCUCCGCACCUCCGUGGACUGGACGGAAAAUGCAGUGAAUGGGGACCACUUAUGGCUGGAGACCAGUUGUUCAGGAGACCUGUGCUAUCUAGGAGAAGACACCUGCUUACUCAAGACUGCAAAGUCAGCCCCCAGGAGGAAAUGUGCAGCUUGUAAGAUCGUUGUUCACACUGCCUGCAUGGAACAACUAGACAAGAUCAACUUUCGCUGUAAGCCAACGUUCAGGGAAGGAGGGUCUCGCUGCCUCAGAGACCAGAAUGUGUUAAGACAUCACUGGGUUCACAGACGAAGACAGGAGGGGAAGUGCAAACAGUGUGGCAAGAGCUUCCAGCAGAAGUUCUUCCACAGUAAGGAAAUCAUCGCCAUCAGCUGCUCCUGGUGCAAACAGGCUUUCCACAACAAGGUGACGUGUUUCAUGCUGCACCAGAUUGAGGAGCCAUGCUCACUGGGGGCGCACGCUGGAGUUAUAGUACCCCCGUCCUGGAUCAUCAAAGUCAGGAAACCACAGAGUUCAUUUAAAAACUCUGCCAGGAGGAAAAAGCGGACGUCAUUCAAGCGGAGGACAAGCAAAAAGGGUGUUGAUGAGUCCAAAUGGCGUCCGUUUAUUUUGAAGCCCCUCCCCUCUCCUCUCAUGAAGCCCAUCUUGGUGUUCGUCAACCCGAAGAGCGGCGGCAACCAGGGAACCAAGGUUUUACAGAUGUUCAUGUGGAUCUUAAACCCUCGACAAGUCUUUGACCUAUCGCAGGGCGGGCUGCGGGAGGCGUUGGAGUUGUACAGAAAAGUGCCAAAUCUGCGGAUCCUUGCCUGCGGGGGAGACGGCACAGUGGGCUGGGUCUUGUCCGCUCUCGAUGAGCUCCAGAUGAACCCCCAGCCUCCCGUGGCUGUCCUUCCUCUGGGAACAGGAAAUGACCUCGCCAGGACGCUCAAUUGGGGCGGGGGUUACACAGAUGAGCCUGUGUCUAAGGUGUUGUGCCAUGUGGAGGACGGCUCGGUGGUCCAGCUCGACAGAUGGAACCUUCUGGUUGAGAAGAGCCCUGCCCAUCCUGAGGAGGGUACACAGAAGGUCAGCGGUCAUUGUGGACUGCCACUGAAUGUGUUCAACAACUACUUCAGCCUGGGAUUCGAUGCUCACGUCACCCUGGAGUUCCACGAGUCCCGAGAGGCCAACCCAGAGAAGUUCAACAGUCGCUUCCGCAACAAGAUGUUCUAUGCAGGAGCUGCAUUCUCAGACUUCCUCCAGAGAAGCUCCAGAGACCUGUCCAAGCAUGUCAGAGUGGUGUGUGACGGUACAGACUUAACUCCCAAGAUCCAGGAGCUUAAGUUCCAGUGCAUCGUGUUUCUCAAUAUUCCCAGGUAUUGUGCUGGCACCAUGCCAUGGGGAAACACAGGCGACCACCGUGACUUUGAACCACAGCGUCAUGAUGACGGCUGCAUCGAGGUCAUCGGUUUCACCAUGGCCUCACUGGCGGCGCUGCAGGUGGGCGGUCAUGGAGACCGACUGCACCAGUGCAGAGAAGUUGUGUUGACUACAUUCAAAACUGUACCCGUCCAAGUGGAUGGUGAGCCAUGUCGGCUGGCCCCCUCCACUCUCCGGAUCUCCCUUCGAAAUCAGGCCAACAUGGUCCAGAAAAGCAAGAGACGUACCUCAGUACCCCUGCUGAACGACCCUCAUGCGGUUCCCGAUCGUCUGCGGCUCAGAGUAAAUCGGAUCAGCCUUCAGGAGUAUGACAGGCUACAGUACGACAAGGAGCGACUACGAGACAUCUCCAUUCCAGUGGGCAUUGUGGUAGUGAGGGGGGACUGUGAUUUGGAAACCUGCAGACUCUACAUCGACCGACUACAAGAGGAUUUGCACCAGGCGCCAUCUACUGGCCAGAGAGUACAUUACCAGGACGAGAGUCCAGUUGUUCCCAGGACCAGUUCAGCCAGUAGACUCUCUCCAAACUGGAGUUUCCUGGAUUCAACCUCAGCAGACCGCUUCUAUCGCAUUGACAAGGCUCAGGAACACCUUCACUUUGUGACAGAGAUCUGUCAAGACGAGGUUUUCAUCCUGGACCAUGAAGGACCAGUUGUGAACCAGGGCUCCUCCACUGGGAUGCCUGACCUUGUGGUGGAACCUGCCACUGGGGCACCACUUACUCCUGAGGAACAAGCACUGUUGACAGCUGCAGGAACUGGAGACUUGUCCAUGCUGUCAGAGUGUGUAUGCCAUGGGGUCAGUUUGUUGGUGAGGGACUCUGAUGGCUGUUCAGCCUUACACCUCGCUGCCCAGAAUGGACACACAGAGAUAGUCAGCUACAUACUGCAGCAGGGCUCCAAGGUGCUUCUGGAUUUGACGGACAGAGAGAAGGGGGACACCGCCUUGCACAAAGCAGCCUCAGAGAAACAGCACACCGUUUGUCGACUGCUGGUGGAGGCCGGGGCUUCCCUCAAAAAGACCAACUUCCAGGGGAAGACGCCAGCAGACCAAGCUGAGGCAAAGGGAGACUCGGAGUUGGCCAUGUAUCUGAACAGCCCACAACAGGCACCCUCUGUCACCCGUGAAGACUUGGAGACUGCUGUGUGACCCACACACACAGAUAUACACACACACUCUCUCUCUGGACUCUACACACUUGUAGAGGAGAUGUGACGAGAAAAGACGGAGGGUGGGUAAAAGAGAAGCAGAGUCUGGAUAUGGCUCCAGGGUCUGUAUGAAUGGAUGGAUGGAUGAAAUCAUCCAUGAGUAGAUUAAU